GUAGAACAACCGGCAACUUCCGGUGACUUCCGAUCACCGACAAAUCCAAAAAAAAAAAAAAAACUCACUCAUUAGAACGACAACAAUGGCAGUGGUAACCAUUUUAAAACCUUCCAUUGCUUCUCUCAUCAUCAUCACUCACUCCCACAUGCGUCGAAGAAACGCUUCAAUCUUCAGAUUUCGAGCUUGCUGCACCUCCAUGAACAAUCCCGAGAUGAAUGUUUCCUUCUCUCUUCUUCCUUCUUUCAUUCUCGGAAUCCCCGCUUCUUCCUGCUCCUGAUUCUUUGGUCACUUCACUCUCACUUCCUUCCUUGUUGAUGCCAUUCCUCCUGAUUCUCUGUUUCAUUUUUCUCGCUUUUCUGUGUUUCCCUUUUUGACUCAGGCCAUUGCAAGGGAACUCAGAUGCUGUGCUGCUUCGUCUCUCAACUACAGUUGCGAUUCGGCUUUUGUUUUGGGUUUAAGAUGGUUUGAUACCGAGAAUCACAGUGGUGAAGUUUACACCCUGUUAAAUCUGAUUUAUCUCCUGAAGGGUUGUUGGAACCACAUAUUGAAGCAUCUACAAUACGUUUGAUCUUUGAUAACUUUUCAGCGAUCCCUGUUGAUAGUCUUCCUUUUUGUCAUUGUUGGAAGUUUGAAUCCAUUAAAAAUGAAAGAGAUCGACAAGAGGAGAACUCCUGUUAAGAACCAGAGUAAACGAACUCCUAGAGCAGAGAGGAAAGAACGCAGACCACAUCAAGAGAAUAAUAGCAAAACUGGGGAUGCUAAAGAAACUGUACCUAAGGCAUUGGAUAUGAAGCCGGACAAUUUAGUAAGCGAGUCAAACACAAACACGAAACCCUCUGAGGUUAAUCAUGUUGCUGAUGCCAACAAGUUUGAGGAGACACAUCAGGAUUCUAAAGCCAAUGUGAUUGCUGACGGAGGGAAUGAGAAUGGUAUUGUAGAUGAUAAAUGUACUGCAUUGGAGAAAUAUGUAAGUCACAGGAAGGAAGAAAUUUCAGAUUCAGAAACCAUGACAGAUUCAGUUUCGUCAAAAAGUGAUUCGUUGACAACGAAGGAAGAGAAAGUAGAAAGAGCAUCAAAUUUUCCUGAAGAUAUUUUAGAAGAUAACAGUUCAGAUUGCUCUCUUCAGAAUUCUAGUGAACAAUUUGAUAAUGGUAUAAAUAAAUCACCGUCCAAGAAAUCAUCUUGUACUCCAAAAAUAACAACAAAUUCAGAUAGAGACCCACCCAGAGUAAAAAACAAGAAGUCUUCCAAAAGCAAUUCUAGGAGUGCAAAAAUUGUGCCUAAACCUUCAUCAGAAUCUUCUGAAGGAACUGAUUACCAGAUUGUUGAUGAGGUAAAGGAUAUUGAAGUCUUGGAUGAGGCAUUAAAUGGUAUUCACAGCAUUAGAAAUGGUUCGGAUAUGAAUGGUGACCAUGACGAUCAAGCUACUUGUGCGCAAAAAAUUGAAGAAAUGGAACAAAGAAUUGAUAAACUUGAAGAGGAGUUGAGAGUUGUUGCAGCUCUUGAAAUGUCUCUUUAUUCAGUAGUACCAGAGCAUGGGAGUUCGGCACAUAAAGUGCAUACACCUGCUCGACGCCUGUCUAGAAUUUACAUUUAUGCUUGCAAACAUUGGUCUCAAGACAAGCGAGCCACAGUUGCGAAGAACAUUGUAUCAGGGCUAGUUUUAAUUGCUAAAUCAUGUGGGAGCGAUGUUUCGAGGUUAACCUUCUGGCUAUCAAAUACUAUUGUGAUGAGGGAGAUAACAUCUCAAACAUUUAGCAGCAUCCGUAGCUCAAAUCCAAUGAAAAAUUUUGUUGAUUCCAACAACAGUAGUCAGAGAAAUGGAGGGAAGCCAACAACUGUUCAAUGGAGGAAUAGUUAUGGCAAUAAACUAGUAAAUAAACACAUGCAGUGUGUAGAGGAUUGGCAAGAGACAGGAACUUUUAUGGCCGCAUUAGAAAAAGUUGAAUUCUGGAUCUUUUCUCGGAUAGUCGAGUCUGUUUGGUGGCAGUCGUUAACUCCAAAUAUGCAACCUCGAGUCGCAUCCAAUAACAAAAUCAGGGAACAGUUUAUGGGACCUCCCCUGGGUGAUCAGCAGCAAGGGAACUUUUCAGUUAGCCUUUGGAGAAGUACUUUCCAGGAUGCUUUUCAACGUCUCUGUCCUGUCCGAGCAGGCGGUCAUGAGUGUGGUUGUCUUCCUGUUCUUGCAAGAAUGGUUAUGGAACAGUGUGUUUCCAGGCUAGAUGUGGCAAUGUUUAAUGCUAUUCUUCGUGAGUCAGCCCAUGAGAUUCCAACUGAUCCUGUCUCAGAUCCUAUUGUUGAUGCCAAGGUUCUUCCUAUACCUGCUGGAGAUUUGAGCUUCGGAUCUGGUGCACAACUAAAAAAUUCUGUUGGAAAUUGGUCUAGAUGGUUAACCGACAUGGUCGGCAUUGAUGCCGAAGACUCCUCUGUAGAUCAACCUGGCAGCGACGAUGACAUUAAACCUGAUGGGGAUGGAAGGCCUCAAUCAUUUCCUCUACUUAAUUCAUUGAGUGAUCUCUUGAUGCUUCCAAAAGACAUGCUUACAGAUCGUUCAAUCAGAGAAGAGGUCUGCCCUUUGAUUAGUCUUCCGCUGAUUACAAGAAUACUUUGUAAUUUCACUCCUGACGAGUUCUGUCCUGAUCCCGUUCCGGGAACUGUCUUGGAGUCCCUUAAUGCUGAGAGUAUUGUCGAACAGAGAGUUUCGGGUUACUCAGGGAGGAACUUUCCGUACAUGGCUGCUCCAGUUUUCUAUAUUUCUCCUUCAACAUCUGAUGUGGCAGAAAAAGUUGCAGAGGCUGGGGGAAAAUCACACUUGGAAAGGAACGUCUCUACUAUUCAGAGGAAGGGAUAUACGAGCGAUGAAGAACUCGAGGAACUGGAUUCUCCUCUCUUGUCAAUUGUCGAUAAAUCGACUUCGUCUCCGACAUACAAUGCUCAUGGUAAUGGCCGACAUGAAGAUGGUAUGACAUUCAACAUGAGGUACAAACUCCUACAAGAAGUAUGGUCCAUAUGACAAUAUUCAAACGAGUCGUGUAUGUAUUUUAUUUACAGCAUAUAUACGUUGUUUCUUUAUGAAGGACUGUUGAAUUUGAACGUGAAAAAUAGAAAUAAAAUAGGGGAAAGUGUAAGUCAAUUUAGAUUUAUAGAUGGUUUCGGGUUAUCUCAGCCGAAUUUUCUUGUAUAUGGAAUUUGAGUUUUUGUUCUUAUAUAUAAAUCAUGAACACAUUUAUAAAAAUA